GCAUCGCGAGUCAUUCACUGUAUCAUACAUCGCUACUCUACAUUCUCAUCUUUCAAAUACUUCCUUCAGGGCUUCAAAAAACAUUUCUAUUUGGACCUAUCUUUUACACUCUUAGACGAACAAUCACAAAAGUCGGAGUUAUAAAAUCACCAUGUCCGACAUGACAUACGUUCAAUCUUUGUUACCUCGUAUAAGACAUAUUCUUUCUUCUUCAGAUCUUUCCACAGUAUCGGCUAAAGCUGUGAGGAAAGAACUUAUUAGACAAGGAGAAGAUGAGAGAAAGAUUAAAGCUUCACGUGAAGAGCUUGAUGAGCAGAUCGGAGAAAUAUACGAACAAUUAAUCUCUCCACCUGACGAUACCUCAUCCGAAGAUAUCCCUCUCAAUUCUACUUCUACCCCUACAAUCCCAUUAUCUUCACAACCCGAACCUUUAAGUCGGAAAAUCAAAAAAGAAGAACCACCCUCUCCUGAGCGUAAACCUAAAAUAGAACGCGAACCUGUCAUGGCUUCAGGAAGUAGAGAGACGGACGAACAGAUGGCUAUGCGAUUACAGAGGGAGUUCGAUAUGGCCGCUGGGGGUAGGGCAAGACCAAGUAGGAGCACUGCUACUCCAGCGAGGAAGAAAAAGACCAUAAAGAGGAAAUCGAGAGCGAGGGUGGGAUCGGGAGAUGAGGGAGAGGAGAGGGGUAAGAAGAGAAGAAAUAAGAAUAGUGUAUUUAAUAAGGAGAUGAUUUUGAGCGACUCGCUAGCAGCAUUCAUCGGUGAACCUAGUCUCUCCCGACCCCAAACAGUCAAACGGAUAUGGGAUUAUGUCAAAGAAAACGAUCUUCAAGAUCAAGGUGAUAAGCGUUAUAUAUUAUGUGACGAUCGUCUAAAAUCGGUCUUUCAUACGGAUCGUUUACACAUGUUUACAAUGAACAAGUUGUUAGUACCACACUUUCGCGAUUCGGAUGAUAUCAUUUACAAGACCGAACCUCGACCUCCUUCACCCGAUGUCAAACCGAAAGUGGAGACAUCGGAACAAAAACCUAAGAUCGAGUCUAGUCAAGUGGAUGAGAGUGAGGAGGAAUAUGAUUCGGAGGACGCUUAUUUAUAUUCGUGAUCGUCAAAAAUAAAACGAGAGAUUGACGAAUGAAGGUAUGGGGAUCUGGGGGAUGUACUUUCAAUUGGGUGAUAAUGCAUUGCGUUGUAUGGG